AUGGGUGGAGUGACCGUCUUUGUGCACUACACGCAGUGUGAAGAAGGCAAACAGCCAAAGGUCGGCGAUGUUCUGACCUUCUCUCUUGAGCCAAGGAGAAACAACCCUGAGCAGAUGCAAGCCAAAGAAGUUAAGGGCUGCACAGAUGUCCGUCAGAAUCCCUUCGCGGCUCAAGCCUGGUCAGGUCCAGUUGAGGGCACUGGAGCUCACACCGGGAAGGUGAAGAACUUCGGCACGAAGGGUUAUGGUUUCAUCACCAUGGAGGAUGGUGUGGAGAUGUUCUUCAAUGUCAAGGAAUGCGUGGGCAGCAAACCCGUGGCAGGUGACACCGUGAAAUUUGACAUUGGUGAUAGUGACAGAAAUCCAGGGCAGAAGCAGGCAAUCAACAUCACAGGUGGUAGCCAACCAUUGGAUGCUCCGCAUGCAGGUGGGUUCGGCCCAAUGUGGGGCCCCGAUUGGGGAUGGGGCGGUGGCAAAGGCAUGUGGGAUGGUGGCAAGGGCUUCGGUGGCUUCGGUGGUGGCUGGGGCGGUCCGCCAAUGAAGGGCGGAUUGAAGGGCGGCAUGAUGAUGGCGAAUGGACCCUACGGCAAAGGCUUUGGCAAGUGGUAGGCCAUUAGGACCUCGAGCCGCCGUUGACCCGUUGACCCUGUGCUAGGCUUCCGUACUGGCGCAGCAUGGGCAGUAAAUCCAUCUCCAUUUUUGUACUCACCGUGGAGUGUGGCAAUGCUACGAAGCUGGUAGAAUACUAUCAGAUAAUGUCCAGUAGAAUUUACUGAAAGUGGAGCAAAGGUCCAAGCACGCAUCUGGACUCUUGGAGUGCGGGUGCAAAGAAAAAUGAUG